CGUGCUGGCUGCUGAUUGGCCGCGCCACAUGCUGCAGGCCCUUUAUUUCCCUGCGAGGUCCUCCCCGUUUGCGUCAAACCGCAGCCUCGACGUCGGCCUUGAUCUCGACCGUGACCUUGAACUGGACGCUGAACCUGAACUUGAUCCUGCACCUCCGCGCCUCCAGAUGCCUUCCGCAGUGUCUUUUCGAAGAGAAGACGCCGGACGCCGCCUCGCAAAACAAUCGGCCCUCGCGAAACUUGUCAUGAACAACCAGCUCCUCUCGUCGCCGCCGUCGCCGCCCUCAACCUCUCCCUCCUCGACAUCGCCCACGUCUCCUGAGCUGGAGCAGCAUCCUCACCAGCUGGCCGUGCAGCCGCACACAGCCAAGGAUGCUGCCGGCUCGCUGGCUCCGGUCGCCUCCGUGGCCAACGCUGUGCGCUUGAUGAACGACUUGACGGACACGCCGCCGUACUCGCGCAGCGUCACCUCGACGGCACCCAGUUCGCCGCGAAUUCCUCCUCAGAGACAAAAUUCUGGCAGCCAAACCCCUCGGGUGCGACCCCAUGCGACGACGCUCAACAUUCCGGGCAUGACCCGAUCCAAGGUGUCGCCCGACGGACGGAUACCCCAGCGCGAUGUGGCCGCCAAGCUCGUCAUUGUCAUGGUCGGCUUGCCUGCGCGCGGAAAAUCAUACAUCACCAAGAAGCUCCAGCGCUACCUGACAUGGCAGCAGCACGAAUCGCGCAUCUUCAACGUGGGCAACCGGCGGCGUAAGACGGCCGGUCGCAGGGUGUCGGUCCAUCCCAAGCUGGCUCCAGAACCCUACUGCCUUGACCCUCCCGUCCAGGCCGCCGAAAUUCUGCUCAAUGGCAUGCCUGCCCCUCGGGAUGAGCCUACUGAGCUCGACCUGAAUCGGACCGAGUCACAGCAGGAGGAGGAUCAAUCCGCUCAGUUCUUUGACCCCAAGAACGAAAAGGCCGCGGCCUUUAGAGAGCAGGUGGCGAUGGAGACUCUGGACGAAUUGUUGGACUACCUCCUGAACCAAGGUGGCGCCGUCGGCAUUCUCGAUGCCACCAACAGCACAAUCAAGCGCAGACAGCAUAUUGUGGAUCACAUCAAGCAGAGAGAACCCAAGCUCGGCAUCUUGUUUAUCGAGAGCAUCUGCAGGGAUCCCAACUUGCUGGAAGCGAAUAUGCGAUUGAAGCUCUCUGGUCCUGAUUACCGGGACAAGGACCCUGUCAAGUCAUUGGAGGACUUUAAGGCGCGAGUGGAAGCAUAUGCCAGCGCCUACGAACCCCUCGGAGACUACGAGGAAGAGCACGAUAUGCAAUAUAUUCAGAUGAUUGAUGUUGGUCGCAAGUUGAUCCAGCACAGACUCAAGGGCUUCCUCAGCGGUGGCCUCAGCACCUACCUUUCCAGCUUCAAUCUCGCCCCCCGGCAGAUCUGGAUUACUCGCCACGGCCAAAGCGUCGAUAAUGAGCUGGGCAGAUUGGGCGGUGACUCUCCUCUUACCGAGCGAGGCCACUGCUACGCCCAGGCCCUUCACCGAUUCAUCACGCACAAACGAAAGGAGUGGAUCAUGGAGCAGAAGAGCAAGAUGGCGCAGGCGUCAUUCCCCCCUCUGCCUGGCGACAACACUCCGCCCUACCCGGACAUGUAUAGCGACCUGGACGAGAAGAACUUUUGUGUCUGGACGUCGAUGCUGCGUCGCAGCGUGGAGACGGCCGAAUACUUCGACGUCGACGAUGACUACGACGUCAAGAACUGGGAGAUGCUCAACGAGCUCAACUCUGGCCUGUUUGAGGGCAUGACCUACGAGGAGAUUGCAAAGAAGUACCCCGAAGAGUUCAAGAAGCGUGCCAAUGACAAGCUCAACUACAUCUACCCGGGCGUCGGCGGUGAAGGCUAUCUCCAGGUUAUUAGCCGUCUCCGCGACAUGGUGCGCGAAAUUGAACGCAUCACAGACCAUGUCUUGAUCAUUGGACACCGGUCCGUUUGCCGGGUCUUGAUGGCCUAUUUCAUGGACCUCACCCGAGAGGACAUUACCGACAUGGACGUGCCUCUGGGCAUGCUCUACUCUAUAGAACCCAAGCCAUACGGCAUUGCCUUUCACGCCUACCGCUACAACGAAGUACGUGGCUGGUUUGAUGAGCUGCCCAACUACAAGCCUCAGAAGGCCAGUCGACCCAGUGUCUCCUGA